AUGGGUUACGCCGACGAGAUCGGGACGGACAACAAGUCCCGUAAUGUCACGGGCAUGGAAGGAGAAAAGUUCGCUCCGCCGCCUUUCGACGGCGAUAUGGUCGACAAGAUGAGUGAGAGUGAGCGGAACAUCUACGAGGCCGGUAUCGAAAAGUACAACCGUCUGGGCUGGAAGCGUCUCACCGUGGUCCUCAUCGUCGAGGCUAUCGCCCUCGGUAGUUUGUCUAUUCCCUCCAGUUUCGCUACGCUCGGUAUGGUGGCCGGUGUCAUCAUGACUGUCGGUCUGGGUUUCAUCGCCAUCUACACCAGUUACGUCGUCGGUCAGGUCAAGUUGAAGUUCCCCGAGGUUGCCCACUACCCCGAAGCGGGUCGUCUGAUGUUUGGUCGUGUGGGUUACGAGAUCGUCUACGUUAUGCUGGGUCUGCAAUUGCUGUUCCUGACCGGCUCUCAUUGUCUGACCGGUACCAUCGCCUUCAUCAACAUCACUGACAGCGGCAUCUGCUCCGUCAUCUUCGCCGUUGUGUCCGCCAUUAUCUUGCUGCUCUUUGCUGUGCCUCCCAGUUUCGCUGAGAUGGCUAUCCUGGGUUACAUCGACUUUGUCUCCAUCAUCGUUGCUAUCCUCAUCACUAUGAUUGCCACGGGAGUCCGCAGCUCCAACGAGGUGGGUGGGUUGUCGGCUGUGGACUGGUCGGCCUGGCCCAAGGAGGGCAUCACCUUCACCGACGCCUUCAUUGCCGUCACCAACAUCGUCUUCGCCUACAGUUUCGCCAUGUGCCAGUUCUCCUUCAUGGACGAGAUGCACACGCCCAAGGACUACACCAAGUCGAUCUGGGCCCUGGGUCUGAUUGAAAUUGUCAUCUACACCAUCACUGGCGCCGUGAUCUAUGCCUUUGUCGGUCAGGACGUGCAGAGCCCGGCUUUGCUGUCGGCUGGCAGCACGGUCAAGAGGGUUGCCUUCGGUAUCGCCCUCCCUGUCAUCUUCAUCAGUGGCUCCAUCAACACGGUCGUGCUGGGUCGUAUGGUGCACGGGCGCAUCUUCAAGAACUCGCCUAUCCGGUUCAUUAACACCAAGAUGGGCUGGAUCACCUGGCUGGUGCUGAUCACCAUCAUCACCUGGCUAGCCUUUGUGAUUGCCGAGGUGAUUCCCUUCUUCUCGGAUCUGCUGUCCAUCUCAUCCUCGCUCUUCAUCUCGGGUUUCACUUUCUACUUCCCCGCGCUGAUGUGGUUCCUGCUCCUCCGCGAGGGCAAAUGGAACACACCCAAGAACCUGAUGCUGGGUGCGCUGAACCUGAUGUGCCUGAUCAUUGGACUCGUGACACUGGGGGCUGGUACCUAUGCCAGUGUCGACGAUAUUGUGAUCAACUACCGCAACGGCUCAGUCCGCGGCGUGUUCUCAUGCGCGUCCCCGGAGUAA